UACUAAAAAUUUAUACUACUCAGCAAUACGAAUUUCAAAAAGAACUUUCAAAAUUAACGACCAACAAGGAUCAGAAUGUUGAGCAGAUUGGGCUACAGUGGGGCCAUGGGGGUUCGCUCCUUUGCCAAGGACGUCCGCUUCGGCGUUGAGGCGCGCAGCCUACUUCUGCAAGGUGUAAACGUUCUGGCCAACGCGGUAGCCACCACUCUGGGUCCGAAGGGCAGGAAUGUGCUCAUCGAACAGCUGCUCAUAUCACCUCGAAUCACCAAGGAUGGCAUUACGGUGGCUAACAAUGUCCAGCUGAAAGAUCGACGUCUGGAUAUGGGAGCCCAAUUGCUCCGCCAGGCCACCAACAAUACGAACAACAAGGUCGGCGAUGGAACCACGACGGCCACGAUCCUAGCUCGUGGAAUGGCUUGCCAGGGAAUGCAUUUCCUUCGCCAGGAAAAAGUAAACGUUCAACUCCUCCGGGAGGGAAUUCUCGAGGGAUCGCGGGCAGUCGGUAAAGCUCUCGGUGAGAUGUCUCAGUCGGUGGAUACGAUAGGUCAAGUAGAAGCCGUUGCAAGGAUCGCCCUGAAUGGAGACGAACGGCUGGCGGAACUUAUUGGAGAUGCAAUCCUGGAGCUGGGCGAGAACGGUGUAAUUUUGUUAAAGGAGUCCCACGGCCCCAAUGACACGGUGAAGAUCCAAGAGGGCGUUACCCUACCCUCGGGUUACUGUUCGCCAUUUUUUGCCACGAAAGUUGAUGCCAACACUAUGGAACUGGGCAACUGCUUGCUGCUACUGACUUUGGCCAAAAUUGAUCAAGUUGAAGAUAUCCUUCCCGCACUGGAGCUAGCCAGGCUAAAAGAGCAACCUCUUCUGAUCAUUGCCAGCGAUUUUUCCAGUGACUUGCUAAAGAUUUUGGUAUUAAAUCAUCUGCAAGGAAGAGUUCAGGUUUGUGCUGUAAAGGCUCCAAACUUUGGCGAAGAGCAGCGGCACGAAAUGCAGGACCUGGCUUUGGCCAUGGGUGCUCAUUUGCUGGAGGAAACCUCCUGGUUAGCGGAUCUUAGCGAGAAGGAUCUGGGCGAGGUUGAAACGGCGGUGGUGGACGCUAAUGAAACACAUCUUUUAAAACCGAUUAAGGUCAGCGAGGAUCAAAUGCAAUGUCGUAUUCAGCACAUCCGUGAGCUGAUCGAUGAGGCUAUAACCGACGAAGAACUAUGCCGCCUGAAUACACGCCUGGGUCGACUACAGGGCCAUCUGGCCACCAUCUAUGUUGGCGGAUCCAGUGAUCUUGAGGUGAGCGAGCGAAAGGAUAGAUUAAAUGACGCCCUCCACGCAGUACGAGUGGCUAUCAGCGAUGGCAUCGUUCCUGGUGGCGGUACUGCCUAUCUGAGGUGUAUUCCAGCUUUGGAUAUGCUGCCUCCAGCGAAGGUGAUGGAACACCAAGUGGGCAGAGAAAUUGUGAAGGAUGCCCUUCGGCUUCCCUGCUAUACAAUCGCCCGCAACGCUGGAGUGAAUCCCGAUGAGGUCCUUCGACGAGUUCUCGCAGGCAGUGGGAACUAUGGAUUCGAUGCCGUCACCGGAGAGUUUGGAAAUCUUGUAGAUCGCGGAGUUGUGGAUCCUACGAGUGUCAUGCAAACCGCCAUGACGGAUGCAGCCGGGAUCGCCUCUCUGUUGGCUACCACCGAAGUGCUCAUCACCAAGCAGCCAAUUAAGCCAAAGAUUCCCAAUAACCAAGUCACUAGAGAUCUGGCUAAACUUGUGGGUAUGUAGUUGAGUCAGUUGUUUUUCUAAAUUAUUUGUAAGAUUUUAUUUCCCGAAAAGUUGGCAAUAAAAAGAUAAUGUCUUUGAA